GAGUUACAACAGUUUAUAAGGAUACGUCACUAUAAGAUCUUGUUGAAGUUUAUAUUUAUCGUGUUACUAUUUGUUAAUAAUAAAUACCAUUAUACUUAAUAAGAAAGCAGCGAAGAGGAAGCGACAUGCCCAUCGGCAGUCUGACGAGCACUUACCGUUCAUUGACCGGUUCGAAUGCCGUUUACCGGUCCACCACGGUCGUGCCGUCCGGUUCCGGAACGCAACCGCCGGUCAAGUCCGGCGCGGUGGCCGGCGGUCUGCUAUAUGGGUUCAGGAGAGCUCUUAAUUUCGUUUCGGGAACUGCCGAAUCGAAUGGAAACAGCGAGGUACUACUCAGAGAUAGCGAAAAAACGAAAUUAACAAGGACUGAUAGUGCUAACACAAACACAAACAGAAAAAUGCCCUCUUCCGGAUUAGCUGAAGAGGCAGCCCUUUUGGGUACUAUGCCUUCCGAUAGCAUGGACGAUAUCGAAUUGAAAAAUAUCCAAUUGCAAUUUCCUACAGCGAGAUCAUUAUCCAGAGACGAUUCUUCCGUAAUGGAAGAAAUCGUGGAAACCGAUCGUGGAAAUGUUGUUGUUGCGGUGCAAGGUUCUAGGACUAAACCAGCCAUUUUGACUUACCACGAUCUGGGAUUAAACUAUGUUUCAAAUUUCCAAGCUUUUUUCAAUUACAUCGAUAUGAGGGCGUUGCUGGAAAAUUUCUGCGUCUACCACAUCAAUGCUCCCGGGCAAGAAGAAGGUGCCCGUACACUUCCCGAAGAUUAUAUUUACCCUUCAAUGGACGAAUUAGCGAACCAAAUUUGUUACGUAAUGACCCAUUUCGGUUUGAAACAAUUCAUAGGCUUCGGUGUCGGUGCUGGCGCUAACAUCUUGUGCAGAUACGCCCUAAAUCACCCCGAACACGUUUCGGCUUUGUGUUUGGUAAAUUGCGUGAGCACUCAAGCGGGUUGGAUCGAAUGGGGUUAUCAAAAACUCAAUACUAGACAUUUACGUUCGAAAGGGAUGACGCAAGGUGUGUUGGAUUAUCUGAUGUGGCAUCAUUUCGGCAGGCAAACAGAAGAGAGGAAUCACGAUUUAGUUCAAGUUUAUAAAAGUUAUUUCGAAAGGAACGUGAAUCCAACGAAUUUAGCUCUCUUCAUUGACAGCUACGUCAGGAGGACGGAUUUAAAUAUAUACAGAGAAAUGGAUCCUUUGAAAAAGAAGAAUGCGAGUCUAGCGAUGCCUGUUAUGAAUAUUACGGGAUCUAUGAGUCCUCAUAUGGAAGAUACGGUCACGUUUAACGGCAGACUCGAUCCUACCAAUUCUUCUUGGAUGAAGAUCUCCGACUGCGGGAUGAUUUUAGAAGAACAACCGGCGAAAGUUAGUGAGGCGUUUAGAUUAUUUCUACAGGGCGAAGGAUACGUUGCUCCUCUAUCUCCAACCAAAAUGGCAAUGUACCGUAAAGCUUCGUUAGAAGAAUUGCUCAAAUCGAAAAUGUCCCCCACGGGGCAUUGGCCGUCUAAUAUUAUCCACAUUACCGAAAACCCCAUAUCGGCAGUCGUCUGCUAAACUAUAUAUAAAUAAACAUUUAACUGUAUUGAAAUUUAUACGACUGCCACUAUGCCUGAAAAGUUCUAAAACCGAAAAAAAAAUUAUUUAACGAAAAUUGCCCCUCUCUUCCCCACCGCUUCAUAUAAAAAUUAUAUUACGAAAUAAUGGACUCUAGAUACGGACCUGUUUAUCUAUUAAUCUGUGUUUAUAAACAUUUCCGUUAUCCCUCGUAAUCUAGAUCAAAUUAUUCAUAUAGAAAUUGUUCAAUUUGGUUGUUGAUGGGGAGUCGAGAUUUCAAAAUCAAGCAAUCGAUAUGGUGUCAUUUUUUUUGUAUUUAUUCGGAAUUGCGAUGAAUUUCAGUACAGAAAUUUGAAUUUAUAUUGAAAAAAAAAGUAGACCACUGCCGCUCUUACUCUAAACAAGCACAUAUCUUUAGUUUAGAAAUUAUACAACAUCUUAUACUCUACCGAAUGUUAACAAAAACCAUAAACUCAUACAUCAUAAUUAACUGUCAAUAACAAAAUGGUGGAAGAUCUUCAUUCGAUUCUCUUAAUGUUUAACUAUCGUUAGGUACAUUCGAUGAAAUUAUGGUGCAGUGUUGCCAAAAUUAUCAGAUUUUCUUUGAAAUUCUGUUUAAAUAUUUCUUCCGAGAAAAAGUUUGUUUUUUCUAAAUUAUAAACGUGAUAACAACGAUUAUAACAAUACAAUAACAUUUUUUACAAAGAUAUUCAAUGAAAUUUCCAUGAGGAUUGAGCGGGUCUGAGACUGGAGGAUAAAGUUUCGUUUGGAAAUUUCAUUAUUUCAUAAGCCUAGAUGGCGCUAUAAACUAUUUUCGCGAAAAUACCCAAUAUUAACAAGUUUUUGGUCAUUUGAUCUAAUUAAAUUACGUUAACAUUGUGAAAUUAUGUUAUCUGAUAAUUAUAUUUCAUUUGGCAACGCUGUUUUGCCGAUUUCUAAUGAUUAAUCUUCGAGUAACAUCGAACAUAAAUUAUAGACGCACUAUCUAUCGGAAGGUAUCGCUUAACUACCGAAGUGUUCUAUAUAGUUGACUGUAGAUUCCUUCUAUUUGCAGUAACUAGUAGUAUACUUUAAACAGAGAGGUCGCUUACGUUUGAUUGAAGUUACAGUGGAUUGUUAGAUACAGUGGGGUCACACGAGAAUGGCCGUCAUACUCGACUUUAGUUCUUUUCAUAAUAACGUUUAUAAAAUCGCAAUUAAUACUCACAAGAUGUUUAAUAAAAAAUUUUUCAAUGGUUUAAUAAUAUGAAUACAAAUUUUAGUCAGUGAUAAAUAAACUCAGUUUGGGUUAAAUAUGGCGGCCAUUCUUACGUCAAAAAUAAUACAGUAGAAAAAAUUUGUUUAUAAAUAAUAAUGGUAUAUACAUGAGGGAAGAAAUUAUAUAACACGAUUUCUAAAAAAAAAAGAUAAAUAAUAAAAUGGAUACAAUUUCAAAUUUUAUCGAUUUGAAUUCUGUUACGAAAAUGAUGGUGUGAUUUGUGGUACAUCGAUAUCGAGGUUAUUUCAUAUGAAAUUAGAACUGAAAUAGGUUAAAAUAGGGUACUUGCGUGGUUUGAGAAAAAAAUAGUUUAUAUACAACUUUUAUUAUAAUUUUCUUAAUUCUUUGAUCAAUAUUUAUAGAGAAGAAAAUGAUCGAAAAUUCAAAAAUUUUGUAGGUAGUUUAAACAUUUUAGUAAGACCGCAAUAUUGUGUGACGCCAUCAUUAAUCUGAAAAAUGAUAUAUAAAUGGUGAUUUUUGUAUCGGGAUGGAAAAAUAUCACAACUAAAACACCUGAUAUAGUUUUUUUAUGAUGCUGAAAACCUCGUGAUCAUCAAGCCGACUACUUUUUAUUAAACCUACGACGUCACAAUUAAAAAACAAUGAAAAUCGUUCUCUUAUGUAGUUAAAUAUUUGGAAUUUCCGCGAUUUUCAAUGAAAAUUUUACUUACUGACUUUAUUUCAUAUCAAUAACUUGAUAUGAAAAUUAUUUUUAAGGAAUGCAAGUACCCUAUUGAGUAUAAGGUACACGUAAAUCAAAAAUUGUGACAAAUAAAUUAUUUUUCGAUUGUUGAAUUUAUGGCUUUUGCAUUAAACUAUAAUUAAUAUCGCAAGAAAGUCGAAAAUAAAAAAAAUCACAAUCAUGAAUAAUUGUCGAAAAGCCUAGAAAUGCUAUUGACAUUAAUUACAUAGGUCUGCUUGAAUAGAACGUUUUUUAUUCUCAUAAGUCCUAGUGCAAGCUUUGGUUGUACAGAUAAUAAUGGAAAAACCAUUUAAAUUGUUAAAAUAAACAUUUUACUUUGAUUUAAAAAAAUCGUACCUAGAAACAACAUGUAAUUAGAAGAAACUAAAAAUAACUAUUUUUAGGUUAGGUUAGGUUAGGUGUUUUUAACUUUUAUCGACGAUUUCGCUCGCAUUGAGCAUGAAUCAAAGUGAUUGAAAGCAAAUUUUGCUUAAAAAUCGCUUCGACAUAUCUGAAACAACAAACAACGAACUCGAAUUUGAAAAAAAGUUUCAGCUGCUUUCAAAAAAUUUUAUCGUUUUGCCGUUGUUUUCUCAGAUUCUCGAUUUACUCCGACUUUUGUAGCUCGAACCCGCGACGAAUCUUUACGCCUCCGAGGCAUUUUUAAAACAAAGUAAGAAUUAAAAAACUUAACCUCAAAAAUUCUAAUAGUAUUCACGCAUUGUUUCAAUACUUUAAUCCAGAGAUAUGGAAAUAAAUCUUAUACAAAGAUCAAAAUGGAGGUUCCAAGGCAUCGUUAGAAAUUUGGAUGCGAAUUCGUAUCAGCUUAUUUCCCCCUCCAUAUCUCUCCUUUAACCUGAAUCUGUUCUGAACCUUCCCUCUGCUUGUAUCAAAUGUCAAAGGUCAUUAUUUUUAUGAAUUUAUAGGUUAGUUUUUGAAAGAUAUAAAAGUACAUUCUUCCUUAUCUAACUAAAUCGCAAAAUUGUUGUUUCCAGGUAGUAUCAAAUGUUAAUUUUACCUGCCAAUGGAGACGUGCGUCAAUUUUAAUCAAAAUUUACGUUGUACUUUUAUUCGUUUCAAGUUUAAUGCACCAGAUUCGUGGAUUUUCGUUUUUUAAAUAUAAUUUUCAUAUUUCGAAUAAACUCUUAAGUUUGCACCCGCGCUGACGUUCUCGUUGGCGUUACGUUCGACUUCCCGUUGGUUAGGCAUUGGAACGCGUUUGUGUUUAAGAAUCACUCUUCGUAAUCAGUUUAAAGGACAAGUUAUAAUAAACUAAACAGAUUACGAACUGUGAUUUACAAACACAAACGCUAGCGAUCCAACUUAGGCUCGAACGUAACACUAACGAGAGCGUUAGCGCGAGCCCGAACGUUUAUAAAUUGACCUUAAGAAUAGUUUCGUUUGCGGUAGAUAUUUUGAACACAUUCCAAUGUAUCCUGAAUAUCUUCUGGACGUAUUCUGAUCAUACAUUCCUUCAAGAACAAUCUAAGAUCGAUUAGAGGUUAUUUCGUGAAUGAAUACACAUGCGCAAUAUUAAACAUCCUUAUCUAUGUACGAGGAUACAUUGGACGUAUUGAAAAUACGUUCGGAAUUAGAAAUUUGUAAUCUACAAACACACUGAAUAUUUUUUAUUAGCACCGCGAACGCAUAAUUUCAAACUGCGUAUGAAUCUGGUGACAGAAUAUUUUCGGGGUAUUUACCUCGAACAAAGCUAUUAGGUUUGUUCCAACCCGCAAGUUUGGAUUGUUCUUGGAACGUUUAAAAUUUUCUGUUUUCUCUAUUGCGUAAAAUCAACACCGUAUCACGGACGGUUUUUUGAUGGGUUGGAACGAACAUAGUUGCCAAACUUAUGUAUUUAUAGCCGUCAACUCCAACAAACAACGUAAAUUUUUAUAUUUUUCGCAUAUAUCAACGAAAUUUCUACAGAAAAUGAGAGAAUCUGUAUGUGAAAUAUUCUGGAUGACGCGCGUCAUAUUUAUUUUGAUAACAUUAAAAAAUAUUUUCGCUUUUUUACUAUUUAUUGUAUUAUUCAAAUAGUUUAUUGAAAAUGUGAUGAAGAAAAUGCAUAUUGUGCCUCACUGAGUUAAUUUUAACCGAAAGCACUUUAAUUUUAAUAAAAUUUGUUCAAUAAAA